AUGUCUUUGCCUAAAGGUUUAAAUCUGCCUCACUCUAACACUAUUACAACGAAAGUCUGUAAGCUUCAAAAGCCCAUUUAUGGACUCAAACAAGCAAGAAGACAAUGGUAUGCCAAACUUUCUGAUUCCUUGAUUAGCAUUGGGUAUAAACCUUCUACUGAUGACUACUACCUAUUCACUAAAAAUAAUGAUUCUUCAUUUACUGCUUUGCUUAUAUACGUUGAUGAUAUUGUUCUUGCCGACAAUGACCUUUCUGAAAUUCGAUUUGUUAAAACCUUUCUUCAUAAUAAGUUUAAAAUAAAGGUCUUAGGGAAUCUUAGAUUCUUUCUUGGAUUAGAAGUUGCUCACUUUUCCAAAGGUAUUUUGAUCAAUCAAAGAAAAUAUACCUUAGAACUUUUGGAUGAUGCUGGUCAACUUGCUACCAAGCCUUCUAAUACUCCCUAUGACCUUUCCAUUAAACUUGAUUGUGCUGACUCCCCUCCCUUCGAGGAUGAGUCUCAAUAUCGAAGACUUAUUGGAAGACUUUUAUAUUUAACCACAAUUAGAGCUGACAUCGCCUUUGCUGUGCAGCAACUUAGUCAAUACAUUUCUAAUCCUAAAAUUGUUCACUUUAAAGCCGCUAUUAGGAUUUUACAGUAUUUAAAAAUAGCCCUUGCCACUGGUUUAUUCUAUGCUGCCAAUUCUAACUUAUUAUUAUCUGGUUUUGCAAAUUUAGAUUGGGUUGCUUGCCCUCUAACCCGUAAAUCUGUCACUGGCUAUGCUGUUUUCUUAGGCUCAUCUCUGAUAUAUUGGAAAUCCAAGAAGCAUACCACUGUAUCUCAGAGUAGCUCAGAAGCUAAGUACCGUGCCUUAGCCAGCCUUGUUUGCGAAGUUCAAUGGCUCCAUUACUUGUUUAAAGAUCUGAAUCACAACUUCAAUCAGCCUACUUCAAUCUACUGCGACAACAACUCCGCAAUCUACCUUGCACAUAAUCCAUCCUUUCAUGAAAGAUCCAAACACAUCGAGAUUGACUGCCACGUCACUCGCAAAUAG